AUGUCAAAAGCCGAUGAUUAUAGUCUCCUCAUCUCAUUUGUGAUUAACACUGUGUCUGAAAACAUGAUUCACGCCGUGAAUACGACAUCAAUCAACGCACCAUUUGACGUUUCAGAAUGGGAUCUCUCGGGCUUUCGCGAAGCACCAAGGAAAACGGUACAGCCGGUGCGAGUCCAGGAGUCCGGAAUCUCGGUGGAGGGGAAAGUCGUGGACAAUAAAGAGUUUGCUGAAUUUGCUAACCCUGGAAAGACCCCUAAUGUGGUAGUUUUCAUUCAGGCUACGCGAUUCUGGAUCUGGGAGGAUGCCGUCAACAAGGAAUUGAACCAUAUUGAUCUUGAGGAAUUUCGGCCUUUGGCCCAGUUGGGUGGGGUGACGUAUGGUACAUGUAGUUUGACGAUUAACUGA